AUGGUCGCGGCAUCGCCUGCAGAGAUCCGCUUAGCCUACCGCCAUCUCUAUCAAGGACUUCUCCGCGCGGUAAAUUAUUCAAAGCCUGCACGAUACGUUGUGCGAGAUCGCCUACGAGCUGGAUUCGAGGAGCAAAGCGGCAACAGCUUUGAGCCAACGCGCAUUGCCAAUACUCUGGAGUUUUUAAAUGGUGCCGCAAAGACCCGAGGCCUCGAGCACAAGAUCCUAAAGAACCUCGUACGUGUCUACUGGAGAGAGUCGCAGAACAGACUAUACACGCCACCUAAGGACCUUCUACCACUACGGAGGAAUGCAUACAAGAACUUCAAUCGGAUGCUCGAUAAGCUGAAUGAGAGCAUGGAGAUGUGCCUCAAGUGA